UUUAAAUGUCACAACACCUCAAAUUAUUGUAUCCUUCUUUCAUAAAUAUAAUGGCAAAAGCAAAAUGCCACAACUGCGAGACAAAAUGUGGUAAAGGCAAAAUAAAUCCCGAAGUUUUAAUAAAACUAGAGGAUGGAUUUCGAAGAUUAGCAACUUCAAAUUCCCAAUCACUUUUAAAAAAAUACUUGACACAAUCUGUUUUUGACAAAUUGAAAAACAAGAAAACUGGUUUUGGUUCCACCCUUUUGGACUGCAUCCAAUCAGGUCUCGAGAAUCCCGAUUCAAAUAUCGGCGUUUACGCCCCUGAUCCCGAAGCUUACACCGUUUUUGCCGACAUUUUCGACCCCAUAAUCGACGAGUACCAUGGAGGGUUCAAAAAGACCGAUCAACACCCCCCUAGCACUUGGGGGGAUUUAAAAUCGAUCGGGGAUGUGGACCCCGAACAGAAAUAUGUUGUUUCGACAAGAAUUAGAUGCGGGAGGUCUUUGGCAGGCUAUCCCUUCAACCCUUGUUUGACCGAAGCCCAAUACAAAGAAAUGGAGAAGAAAGUCUCAGGGACUUUGAUGUCACUAAGUGGGGAAUUAAAGGGGAAAUAUUACCCUUUGACGGGGAUGUCAAAACGGGAUCAACAACAAUUAAUCGAUGACCAUUUUUUGUUCAAGGAGGGUGACAGAUUUUUACAAGCAGCUAAUGCUUGUCGAUUUUGGCCCACAGGAAGGGGAAUUUUCCACAAUACGAAUAAAACGUUUCUGGUUUGGCUCAACGAAGAGGACCAUUUGAGGAUUAUCUCCAUGCAACCUGGGGGGAAUGUUGGGGAUGUCUACCAAAGACUGGUUUGUGCCGUUGAGGAGAUUGAAACCAAGUUGAAGUUUUCGCGGAGUGACCGGUUUGGUUACUUGACUUUUUGCCCGACUAAUUUGGGUACGACGAUAAGAGCUUCGGUGCAUAUUCAAGUGCCUAAAUUGGCUAAAGAUAAGGCGAAAUUGGAAGCGGUUGCAAAUCAGUUUAAUUUGCAAGUGAGGGGGACUAGAGGAGAGCACAGUGAGGCUGAGGAAGGGGUUUAUGAUAUUUCGAAUAGGAGGAGAUUGGGGCUUACGGAGUAUGAAGCCGUGAAGGAGAUGCAUGAUGGGAUUUUGAAGAUUAUUGAAAUGGAGAGUUGCAUGUGAUAAAUAAAAAAUACAUUUUUGUGAGGUUUUUUAAUAAAAAUUUAAAAACGA